UCAUCAUCAUCAUCAUCAUUCAACCUUCCCAAUAAACAAUUGGCUCCCUGAGUGAGUCUCUCAUCCUCCAAGUGAGAAGAAAAAAGUAAAAAAAAAGUCACUCAAAUGAAUCUCUCACUCGCAAGACAAGUUUCAAUUGUUGUAGUUACAACUUUUUUCACAAUCAACUGUAGUUUUCUUGUUUACUAUGAUUCCAAGUAAAUCUUCAACUUUGAUUUAGUUGUGAUUAAUUGCGACAAUUUUGAUUACCUUACCAUUGUGAUUUACCUUUAAUUGUGUCUCGGAAAACCUUUUCGUCAAUGGGUUUCACAAGGAAUAUCAAUAAUCAACAACGAAAUCAUCACUAUCAUCAUAACCAUAAUCAUAAUCACAAUCAAUUACAUAAUCAAGCAAAUACUUCACAUGCAAGUAAAUCAAUUGGUGGAUCAUCAAAUGUUCAUCAUCAUGUUAAUCAUUUACCUCAACGAAAACCAUUUACCAAUCCAGUUAACGGAGGUUUAAGAAUCAAUGGAAAUCAAUCUUCACAUGUAUCAACUAAUCAGAUUAAUUCUUGUGCUAAUUCAGUUCCAAAUGUUUCAUCAUCAUCAUCAUCUCCACGUGAGAAUCAAGUAAAUCAACAGGUUAAUCCAUCAACUAAUGGUAAUAAUAAUAAUAAUAAUCAUCACCAUCCAAUCGGUUCAACAGCGACAGGAAAAGUUAAUCAUCAGCAACAAUCAGCAUCAACCAACAGCGCGAAUCAAAAUGUAAAUGGUCAUCAUCCUAAUCCAUCAUCAUCUUCAUCUUCAUCGACAACAUCAUCGACCAAUUAUUCGUACCUUCGUCGACUUUGCCGUGAAAGAGGAAUACUUUUCGAAGAUGCAACUUUCUCUCCAGGUAAUAGAUCACUUUUCGGUAAGAAAGAUGUACCUUCAUCAUCUUCAUGUAAUUUUCUGUCCAAAAUUUCAUCAUCCAUUGUUUGGAUGCGUCCAUAUGAGAUUUGCUCUCGUCCAAAGUUUAUUUCCGCCUCCCCAUCAAUGGAAGGUGGAACCACCUCAGCCUCACCUAUUGGACGUUUUGACGUUGAACAGGGUGAGGCCAUAAUAGCGAUAACCGCUUGUUCUAGUAACAAAAGUUCAUCUUCAUCUCCAUCAUCUCUUUUACUUCCAACUUUAUCUUCCUCAUCAAACUCUAAUCACCAUCACCACCAUCAUCAUCAUCACCAUCAUCAUAUUAAUAACGGAAAUGGUGGUGGGGGCGGUGGUGGAGGAGGAGGAGUAGGAAAUGGUAAUAUAAAUGGUCUUAACGGACACUCUGGUCUCUCAGGCGGAAUCAUUGGAAAUUCAAAUUCUUCUCCAUCUUCAUCAUCCUCAUCAAACAAUUAUCUUUCUUCAAAAACAACUUGCUCAUCUCUCCUUUCGGCCAUUUCCUGUCUCACCUUGACUCCAUCGCUUCUUGAUCGAGUUGUACCUUCCGAUCAAUCCUUUUCACCGACAAAUUAUUCGGGAAUAUUUAGAUUUAGAUUCUGGAGAUUUGGUGAUUGGACUGAGGUAAUUAUUGACGAUCGACUACCAACUUAUAAAGGUCGACUUCUUUUCCUCCGUUCAGCUGAUCCAACUGAAUUUUGGGUUCCACUUUUAGAAAAAGCUUAUUCCAAAAUGUAUGGUUCAUAUGAUUACUAUUUGAAAAACUGUUUCACCGCUCAAACAUUACAAGAUUUGACCGGUGGGAUCGCCCAAUCGUUUACAGUUCCUCAUCAUGAUGGACACAUAAUCUAUCAGAUGAUUAGCUCAGCCGUUCCCAGAUCAACUCUUCUUUCAGCUUGUAUCUCAUCUAUUCCUCCUUCAGAAGCUCCUGCAUCACUUUUAUCUUUAUCGGGUGGAGGGUCAGGGUCAACACCUUUCACCCCGUUUAGUUCAUCUUAUUUAUCUUCAGGUCUUUCCGUUGCAAUGAAUAAACUUCAACCUGCUCGACUUCGUAAUGGACUAAUAACCAGACAAGCCUAUUCGAUAACAGGAUUAGCAAGGGUUAGAACACAAUCAAGAGGUGGUCUAUCAAAUCACAAUCAUAUCCAUCAUCAUGCUCAUCACCAUGCUCAUCAUCAUCCAUCUCAUUUGCAUCAUAAUCAUCAUGCUUAUGGAACUGGGCACAUUAAUCAAAUGACAACAGGAAAUGUUCCCAAUGGAGGGUUUCCAAUGACCUCUGGAUCGGCAAGUAGCCUUGAGGUUGUUUUAAUUAGACUGAAAAAUGCUUGGGGUAAAGGUGAAUGGAAUGGCCCUUGGUCGGAAAGGUCAUGGGAAUGGGAUACACUUUCUGAUCGUGAUAAAGAAGAGCUCUCAGCUCGGUGUAGAGAUGACGGUGAAUUCUGGAUGUCAUUUGAUGAUUUUCUAAGAUUCUUUACUCACCUUGAUUUAGUUCACAUUGGUCCUGAUGAUUGGAUGGCUGAAACAGCCUUACACCAUAAAAGACCCUGGAGAGCGGUUCUUGCCCGUCGUCGGUGGAGAUAUGGUUUCAAUUCUGGUGGUUCACCAGAGUUUAAAGAUACUUUCUCAACCAAUCCACAGUUUCAUAUUCAUAUUCCCAAAAAUGGUCUCAAUAAAUGUCACGUUGUUGUCUCAGUUACUCAGCACUAUUUACCAAUUGGUUUAGCUGUUUAUGCGACUCAUCCAUUCACAAAAGCAGAAUUACAAUCUCAUCAUCAUCAUCACCACCAUCAUCAUCCUCAGCACCAUCAUCCAUAUCAUUAUUCACAACAAAAUCAACUAUUGAUGCAAUCAUCAGCUCCAUCACUUUCAACUUCAACCCAAUUAGCAUCUUCUCGUAAUCAAGGUUCACCAGUUAGUCUUUAUCCAAUUGGAUUCUGUGUCUAUGAGGUUCCACCGGGAAUGAAAAGAUUAACCUCAGCGUUUAUCGCUGCCCACCGUCCACUCGAUGUAACCGCGUUUACCUGUACAAGGGAAACGGUUACCUUUUUCACUCUUCCUCCAGGCGAUUUUAUAAUUGUCCCAAGUACAGAGAAACCUCAUUGUGAGACCAAAUUUUUACUACGAAUCUUAACCGAUGAACCAAGUACGAUUUGGGAAGUUAAUGAUGAUAACAUUAUUUUCACCGAUAUUUCAAUUCCCAAGGUUAUCGAAAACACUGGACAGAAUGGACAAAAUGUUCUAAAUCGUUUGAUCGCUAAGCUACCUAACGAAAUCGACGCCGCUUUGUUACUCAAAGUUCUAAAAGCUUAUUGGAAACCUCUUAAUAUCCUUUACGAUAAACCAUCAAUGGAGCUUUGUCGAUGUUUAAUUAUGCUAAAAGAUUCGACAAUUACUGGUAAAUUAAUCGUGACCGAAUCUUUGGCUUCCCUAUUGAAUAUGCUCCAUUUUUGGAGAACCAUUUUCACUAAACAUCAAUCAAAUUCUCAUCACAAAGUUUCAUCUUAUAAUUUUCGUUUGGUUCUCUGGGAAGCGGGAAUAUCAGUUUCGAAUAAAGUUCUAGAAUGUCUUGUAAUUCGAUUCACAAACAAUUGCGCUCUUCUCAACCUCGAAUCGUACCUACUUUCUCUAGUCAAGUUACACCUUGCCCAUGAUCGUUAUCGUAGUUUAGAGAGGAAAGGAAAGAAUCAAAAUUUAACAUUGGAAGAGAUGAUUCUGUUAACCACUUAUUCAUAAUCAUAGUUAUAAUAUAAAUUGUUCAAUAGAAAUUAAAUCUGUUAAAAUUUCUAAUUACUUUUCAUUGAUUAAUUUUUGUAAUAAUUUAAAUUAUAAUAAAAACAUUUUUCUAAAAACUAA